AUUGGGAGGAAGGAAGACGGGGACAUUGCAAAACCCUAAUUCUCUCUCUCUUUCUCUCCUGAUUCGGUUGCCAGUUCAAUCACUCGACUUUGGUGUUUAUCGGAGAAGAUGGGGAAGAAGCAGCACAGCAAGGAUCGAAUGUUCAUCACGAAGACGGAAUGGGCAACGGAGUGGGGCGGUGCCAAAUCCAAGGAGAAUACCAUACCUUUCAAGCGCCUUCCUUUCUACUGCUGCUCGCUAACGUUCACACCUUUUAAGGAACCCGUCUGCACGAAUGAUGGAAGCGUGUUCGAUUUAAUGAACAUAGAUCCGUAUAUUAGGAAGUUUGGGAAGCAUCCUGUAAACGGAGGGUCUCUCAAGCAGGAUGAUCUGAUUCCCCUUACAUUCCACAAGAAUUCGGAUGGAGAGUUUCAUUGCCCUGUUCUUAACAAGGUCUUUACAGAAUUCACACACAUCGUUGCUGUAAAAACUACUGGCAAUGUGUUCUCCUAUGAGGCAAUCAAAGAACUAAAUAUUAAAACCAAAAACUGGAAGGAGCUACUAACUGAUGAGCCCUUUACAAAAGAUGACUUGAUAACGAUUCAGAAUCCAAAUGCACUUGAUAGCAAGGUACUCAUGGAAUUUGAUCAUGUCAAAAAAAAUUUGAAGCUUGAUGAUGAUGAGUUGCAGAGGAUUAAAGAUGAUCCUGCCUAUAACAUAAAUGUUUCUGGUGAUAUCAAGCAAAUGCUUCUAGAUCUUGGAACUGAGAAGGCAAAACAAGUUGCUUUACUCGGUGGUGGUGGAAGCAAAGCACAAAAUGAAAGAGCAGCCGCUCUUGCUGCCAUUCUGGCUGCAAGAUCACGCAUCAAAGAGGAUAAAAAUUCAAAUUCUAACGGUGUCGAUAAACCAUCUCAAUCUUUUAGCAUUGUGGAUGCAGCAUCUGCUUCAGUUUAUGGAAGAAGUGCAGCAUCAGCAAAAGCAGCAUCCAAUGACAAAACAGCAGCUCGUAUUGCAUUGCACAUGGCAGGAGAAAGGGCACCUGUAAAUGCAAAGCUAGUGAAAAGUCGUUUCACUACAGGCGCUGCGUCAAGGUCUUUUACAUCUACCUCAUAUGAUCCUGUAACAAAAAAUGAAUUUGAAUAUGUCAAGGUUGAAAAAAAUCCAAAGAAAAAGGGGUAUGUUCAGGUGCACACAACACACGGUGAUUUGAAUUUGGAACUUCACUGUGACAUCACUCCACGGGCAUGCGAAAAUUUCAUAACUCUUUGCGAGCAGGGAUACUACAAUGGGAUUCCUUUUCAUCGAAGUAUAAGAAACUUUAUGAUUCAAGGUGGAGACCCCACAGGUACUGGAAGAGGAGGACAGUCUAUUUGGGGUAAGCCUUUCAAGGACGAGUUAAAUUCUAAACUAUUGCACUCAGGAAGGGGUGUUAUUAGUAUGGCUAACAGUGGGCCUCAUUCUAAUGGUUCCCAAUUCUUCAUUCUGUACAAGUCCGCAAACCAUUUAAAUUUUAAGCACACAGUGUUUGGCAUGGUUGUUGGUGGCUUAACCACCCUUGCUGCUAUGGAAAAGGUUCCCGUUGAUGAUGAUGAUCGACCGUUGGAAGAGAUAAAGAUAAUAAAUAUCAAGGUUUUUGUGAACCCAUACACGGAGCCUGAUGAGGAUGAAGAGAAAGAAGAAAAGGAGGCGGCGGCGGCGGCUGUCGAAGAUGAUGAUAACAAGGUGGGUUCCUGGUUUAGCAAUCCAGCUACAGCAGCAGCUGGGAAUGGAGCUGUGAGUGGUGGAGUGGGAAAGUAUCUUAAAUCAAGGAACAACGCAUCUGAGGCUGCAGAAGGCAGCAUUAAAGGUCCUGAUCCCUCUAUCAAAAAGAGAAAAGUAGAAGCAUCGAGUGUAGAAUACAAGAAUUUUUCAAGCUGGUGAAAGCAUGGUAAUAUAUAUCUAUCA